AUGAUGCAGAUCUGCUCACAUUCCGCAGUGCAAAGGCAUGGCAACUCGCUGCCAAGGGCUGCUGAUCCGAGUUCCUCUUCACAGGAGGUUAAAUCAGAGGAGCGCAUUGGCUCCCUAUUAACUUACAACAAUGCAAGUCUCAUGGCCAAAGACGGCCUUAACAAAGGUGAAUUGCGACGACUGGAUGAUGUGCUCUCCUCAUGGAACAAGCAAGUGCGAUUAGUGGUGAAUGAGUUGAACCUCAUCAUCAAGGAGGCCGAUGACGCUGGACCAUCCGAUGAGUUGGCUUACUGGCGCACUCGAUGGGACACCCUUAACAGACUCAUGGAACGCAUGUCGAGUCGGGAGGCAGUCAUCGUCACGAAGGCCCUUGAAGGUGUCAAAAUGGCUUCAGUUGACUUGUGGAAGGAUUUGGUCAAUUUGGUAUCCAAGUACGCAAUAGAAGCACGAAGCAACGUUAAAUUUCUCACCAGCUUUGAGAAAUACUUCGGAUCGGUGUUCCACGACAACCCGAAAAAGUUGAAAGAUGAGGUCCCAGCCUUGGUGGAUUCCAUCAAGGUGAUCUUCGAGGUGUCUGAGUACUUCAACACCAACGAGCGGAUAACGUCACUCUUUGUGAAAGUGACUAACAAACUUGUCGGUGCGUGUCGCCAAUUUUUGUACUCCGGAGUGGACAAAAUUUGGGACCUCCCAAGCAAAGAAGUUCAUGAAAGGAUUAAUGAGUGUUUGGAACUCUACCUCGUAUACCGCCAAAAUUUCCACGCUGUUAAGACAGCGUUGGCAGCCAAUCCGAAUGGACGACAGCUGACUUGCAGCGAGAACAAAGUUUUUGGAAAAUUUGAUGCUUUUUGUCGUCGACUCUCGGAGAUUGGCGAUUUGCUGAUUCUUGUGGAUAACUUGCGACCGAUUCUAACUCUCCAUGCCGAAGACACGAUGGAAGUGAUUAGCGCAUAUCAGGAAAUGCUCGAUUCUAUUCAUCAAUGGGCCGGCGAUCCAACCGAUCCUAGAAAUAAACAGUUUACGGAGGACUUGAAGUCAUUCCAAGUUGCACGCAGGCGUCUACUCACCCAGAUCAACGCUCUUUUGGACAAAUGGCUUUCUCGACGCCUUUCUGCGUGCCACCUUCUUCACUUUCUCUCCCUAUGGGAGACGCGGAUUGCCGAUCCAUAUCUCGAUUUUGCUGCCCGCUAUAUACAAAUUCUACGUGUUUAUGGUAAUGAACUGGAUCAAGUGCGAGAUGUCUACGAAGCGGAGAAACGAGCGCCUCCACUAGAGCGGGACAUGACCCCAACAGCUGGACGAAUUAGAUGGGCCAGAGCUCUGCUCUGUAGAAUACGUCAACCUCUCGACGAAAUUCAAAGCCGUUGUCCGAGUGUGCUCGAGACACCAGAAGGUCAAAAGCAGGUCAAACGAUUUAACCAGCUGGCAACUGUUUUGGUAAAAUGCGAAGCAGUGAACUACCAUAAGUGGUGCCACAGCCUCGAAGAUACCUCAUGCAAACUCCUUGAAUCCCCUCUCUUGGUGCUUGACUCCGAGAGCGGCCAGUUUACUGUAAACUCCAUCUUCACAACUUUGACCAUCAUCAGGGAGUCUCAGGUGAUCCGCAAACUUGGUUUCAAGGUUCCCAAGGGGGCCAUGGAUCUUCUACUUCAAGAGAAGCAGCUCAAAAACCAUAAUGACCGACUAAAGGAGCAGCUUUUCAGGUUUAAAAAGCUGCAGCUUUGCAUUCCUCAACCAAUGGUGGUGAUAUUCCAGCCGUUUCUGAAAGCAGUGGCGAAAAGUCUGUAUCCCGGGGUGGUGGACCUUACAUGGAAUUCGCUGCAAUUUGAGAGCUUUAUCAAGAAGGUGGAACUGGCCAUAGACAAAUUUGAGUUUGUCGUAAAACAAACCAAGGACUUGCUGGAUUGUCGCAUAAAUGCUCUCCUGACUGAGAUGUCAACAAUGCUGCCCCUGGAUUUAAGCAAUUGCAAAGCUCUUUCUGUGGAGGCCUUUUUACAAAAUCUCUCAACGAUUUUGCCUUCGACCACUGUGGAGUUGAAUGUGAAGAGUAAACUCGUGGAAAGCGCAGUUAACGACCUCGUGGACACAUUAAUUAGCAACCUCGACGAAGAAUAUGUAAAGAUUUUAUCAAAAGAAACCCACUUUGCUUGUUUAAAUCCCACAAAGAAGGGCAAUCAGUGCACUCGUUGUCUAAACUGCCUCUUUUUUGACCUGCUCAGUCAAUUCAGCCAACAAAACAUUGAGGCAGUAAUCUCAUAUUUACUGGGCAUCUUGGAGGAAUUAAGAUCACGUCUGCAAGUGGACGUCUCAAAACCCGAUGCCAUAGCCCCCGAAUCGAAGACACCGGGGGAAGACGAGGCUCUUUUCUUGCUGGAUUUGAUACUGGAAAUUCCCAACAUUGUUUGUCGACCAUCACUAACCGAUCUGCAGGCAGGUCUGAGCAAAGCCAUUAAUAUGAUUCUGCGCAUUUCGGACGGCAUUCAACCAUGGGAACAUGUCAAACACUGCCAAGGGUUGUUUAAGAAAUCUCGAAGUGUUCGUAUGAACGACCUGUUGAGUAGCAGUCAGGACUCUUCGACAAUUUCCUUCCAGUCUAUUCCCUCGUGUCUCCUUCGUCCUUUGCGAAAAGUAGUGCAAGAAAAUAAGAACAUUAUCAAAGCAAUCACUGACUUGAACUCCUCCAUCACCUACUACUCUGGUGAUAUAACCAGGCUUGUUAACGAACUUUCCUCAGAAUUCGCCUAUCUUUGGAAGGCAGCUGAUCCAUUAAGUUCUGCCAAAGAUUUUAUUGAAAAGAAUCCAUCAAUCUCGGAAGUUGGUGAUGAGCUGCGUCGGUUCAAGGCUUUUGAGGAGGCGUCUUUAAAACUUUCAACACAUUAUCGAAUGGGUUCGCUCUUGCUUGAAACAGAGGCACUGAAAGAUAGUCUCAUUGCUGAAUGUCGUUCCUGGCGAUUAGCAAUUGGUAGUGCUUUGAAUGCCAAAUGUAGUGUUGAAAUGACAUCCACUCUGGAGCGGAUGGAAGAUCUACUGAAACGUCUUCAGCGUCCAGUGAAGGAUCUAGACGACGUAAGGGCAAACAUGGCAGCUCUAGAUGAAUUCCGCCAAUCAGAAAUUGACCUUGAAAUGUUCUUUAUUGAACCCAUGGCUGAGGUCUACGCCCUUCUGGCAAGCUUUGACAUAUACUUCACUGAUGGCAAUGCUGAAAGAGUCGAGAGUCUGGCAUACACUCUUCAAAAACUGAAGACGCAGGCUUAUACAUCGAGCAAUCAUCUAUUGUCCAUUCAGCCAAUCUUCAAGGCGGAGUUGGAGGCUGGUGUAGAAGAAUUCCAGAAGGCGAAUGAGCAAUUCACUUUAGACUACCGAAAGAGAGGUCCCAUGGAACAGAACAUCGAUCCACAUGAAGCCUCCGAUCGUCUAACCCUUUUUAAUGCACGCUUUGAUGAUCUGUGGGCAAAGUAUGAGACAUAUUCCGAGGGUGAGCGAUUAUUUGGUUUGCCAGUUCAAGAAUAUCCUGAACUACACACCAUCCGGAAGGAGUUGACUCUUCUUCAAAAAUUGUAUCAACUCUACAAUGCUGUUCUUGAUACUAUUGGUGGAUAUUACAAUACGCCUUGGGUGGAUAUCGACAUUGAGGCGAUUGAUCAGCAGCUGAUAGACUUCCAGACAAGAUGUAGACGGUUGCCGAAGGGAUUAAAGGAGUGGCCGGCAUAUGAGGCGUUACAGAAGAAGAUUGAUGACUUUAACGAGACCUGCCCCCUACUGGAAAUGAUGGCAAAUAAGUCGAUGCUGCCACGACAUUGGAAACGCAUAGAGGCGGUGACAGGUUGCCAACUGAACGUCUACGCCGAUGGUUUCCUGCUAAAAAACUUAAUGGGAGCUCCGCUACUAGAACACAAGGAGGACAUUGAAGAUAUAUGUACCGCAUCGGUAAAGGAGCGUGACAUCGAAGCCAAAUUGAAGUCCAUUAUCAAUGAAUGGACAGCACAGGACUUUCAGUUCUCUGUGUUCAAAAAUCGUGGAGAACUGCUCUUUAAAGGUGAUGUGGCGAUAGAAGCGAUAGCUCUGCUAGAGGAUUCCCUCAUGGCAUUAGGUUCACUGCUCUCCAACCGCUACAACACCCCCUUCAAACCGCGUAUCCAAGAUUGGGUGCACAAACUCACCACAACCAACGAAGUCAUCGAGAAUCUCUUCAAGGUGCAGAACCUGUGGAUUUACCUCGAAGCUGUCUUCGUGGGUGGCGAUAUUGCAAAACAGCUACCGCAGGAGGCGAAGCGCUUUGCCACCAUAGACAAGUCCUGGCAACGUGUGGUUCAACGUGCCCACGAGAACACCAACAUGGUCGCUUGCUGCUCUACCGAUGAUACGCUGACCCAGGUUCUACCCUACCUGCUGGAACAACUGGAGGUGUGCCAAAAGUCCCUCUCCGGCUACUUGGAGUCCAAACGUCUCGUCUUCCCCCGUUUCUUCUUCGUCUCCGAUCCGGCACUGUUGGAGAUUCUUGGGCAAGCGUCUGAUUCUCACACCAUUCAGGCACACCUUCUCUCCGUCUUCGACAGCAUCAAAUCUGUCACCUUCGAUGAGACCAUCUAUGAUCGGAUUCUCGCCGUUAAUUCAACCAAUGAAAGCAUUGAGCUUGAGGCACCGGUUAUGGCUCAGGGUCAUGUUGAGGUGUGGUUGGGUGAUCUGUUGAAAAUGUCCCAAGAGUCACUGCGUCAGAUCAUCCACAACGCCUACAGUAUUAUCGACGACGAGGAGAAUUUCGAUUUGCUAAAAUUCGAAGACUCUUUCAUCGCCCAGGUGGGCCUCCUUGGGCUUCAGUUAUUGUGGACGCGCAAUGCCGAGGACGCGCUUAGCAACGCACGCACCAACCCGACGGUGAUGCGAGAGGCCAGCUCGCGGUUCCUCAAGAUCCUCAAUCAGUUAAUCGAGGUCACUACCAGGGAGUUAACUCCGCUAGAGCGAACUAAGUAUGAAACUCUCAUUACAAUCCACGUCCAUCAGAAGGACAUUUUUGAUGAUCUGGUAAAAAUGCGGGUCAAAUCUCCAACGGACUUGGAGUGGCUGAAACAAUCCCGCUCGUACUACAAUGAGGAGAGGGAGCAGUUUAUUGUGAGCAUCACCGACGUCAACUUUAUCUACCAGAACGAAUUUUUGGGCUGCACAGAUAGACUUGUUAUCACCCCUCUCACGGAUCGAUGCUACAUCACUCUGGCCCAAGCCCUUGGGAUGUCACUAGGCGGAGCCCCAGCAGGUCCUGCAGGCACAGGGAAGACGGAGACAGUGAAAGAUAUGGGGCGAUGCCUUGGGAAGUACGUUGUGGUCUUCAACUGCUCCGAUCAGAUGGACUACCGCGGUUUAGGCCGCAUCUUCAAGGGGCUCGCGCAGUCGGGCGCCUGGGGCUGCUUCGAUGAGUUCAACCGUAUAGAACUACCUGUCCUCUCGGUGGCUGCACAGCAGAUCGCCAUUGUGUUAGCCUGCAAGAAGGAGCGCAAACAUCAAUUCGUCUUCAGUGAUGGUGAUGUUGUCGACAUGAACCCGGAGUUUGGCAUUUUCCUCACUAUGAACCCUGGCUAUGCUGGACGUCAGGAGUUGCCGGAAAAUUUAAAAAUAAACUUUCGUACUGUAUCGAUGAUGGUACCAGACAGGCAGAUAAUAAUUCGUGUCAAAUUAGCAGCUUGCGGUUUUCUAAAAAACGUUGAAUUAGCCGCCAAAUUCUACACUUUGUACAAACUCUGCGAGGAGCAGCUUUCAAAACAGGUGCACUAUGACUUUGGCCUGCGCAAUAUCCUCUCGGUGCUGCGCACCUUGGGUGCCUUCAAGCGGGCCAAUAAGGAUCAAUCAGAGCCGACUUGCGUGAUGCGCGUGCUACGCGAUAUGAACGUGAGCAAGUUGGUGGAUGAGGAUGAGCCUCUUUUUAUGUCUCUCAUCGAUGAUCUCUUUCCCGGCAUGCACCUCGAAAAGAAGGGCUAUCGCAACAUGGAGGCCGCCAUCAAAAAGGAGGUGGAAGCGAAGCAACUCAUAUUCCAUCCACCCUGGGUGCUUAAACUUAUCCAAAUGUAUGAGACGCAACGCGUUCGACAUGGGUUUAUGGCUCUGGGUCCCUCGGGGUCUGGAAAAACGUGUUGCAUCACCACCCUCCUUGCUGCCAUGACAGCAGAUACGGGAGCUCCUCAUCGGGAGAUGCGUAUGAAUCCAAAGGCCAUCACAGCUCCUCAGAUGUUCGGCCGUCUCGAUGUGGCCACAAAUGACUGGACAGAUGGAAUUUUUUCCACCUUAUGGCGUAGAACUACAAGGCUGAAGAAGGCGGAACACUGUUGGAUUGUAUUGGACGGGCCAGUUGAUGCGAUCUGGAUCGAGAAUUUGAAUUCUGUUUUGGAUGAUAAUAAGACUUUAACAUUGGCUAAUGGUGACCGCAUUCCUAUGGCACCAAAUGCGAAAAUUGUCUUUGAAGUACACAACAUUGACAAUGCUUCGCCUGCUACAGUGUCGAGGAAUGGGAUGAUUUAUAUGUCCAGCUCGAUUCUUGACUGGAAACCGAUUAUUGAAGCCUGGCUGCUAGGACAGUCCCCCAAGGUGAAGGCAGUUGCAAUGAACACUCUAGAAAAGUUUUUUCUUGACGCUUAUCGUUACGUGAUCGAGAGUCUGAACGCGAAAAUGGAGCUCCUCCAAUGCAACUAUAUCAAGCAGAUAAUCGAUCUUCUGGAAGGCCAACUGCAGGAUCGGGGGGAGAAGGAACUGUCCGAUGAAUAUCUGGAAAAACUUAUCAUUUUUGCCACAAUGUGGUCGCUUGGUGCUCCCCUUGAAUUAGAAGAACGUAGCAAGUUAGAGCAUUUCCUUCGAACUAAUCAUGCCGACCUUCCGUUCCCUGAAAUCAGCCAAGACGACACUUCUAAGACCAUGUUUGAGUUUCUGGUUGAUGACGAUGGAAAAUGGCAGCACUGGAGCGGUAGAGUUGCGGACUAUGUCUAUCCCCAUGAUUCCACUCCUGAUUAUACGAAAAUCCUUGUCCCCAAUGUGGAUAACAUACGAACAGAGUACCUCAUUCACACGAUUGCUAAGCAGGCCAAACCGGUCCUCCUCAUCGGUGUACAGGGGAGCGCAAAGACUGUGAUGGUAGAGGGCUACUGUAGCCGCAGUGAUCCAGAAACGCAUCUAGUGAAGACGGUAAACUUUUCCUACGCCACUACGCCAAAUAUGUUCCAAAGGACUGUGGAAAGUUUCGUCGAGAAGCGGGUGGGUUCGACCUAUGGUCCACCAGCAGGAAAAAAGUUGACCAUCUUCAUCGAUGACAUUAACAUGCCCGUGAUCAAUGAGUGGGGAGAUCAAGUGACCAAUGAAAUUACGCGGCAAAUGAUCGAAAUGCAGGGUUUUUAUAGUCUCGAGAAGCCGGGUGACUUCACGAAUAUUGUUGACAUUCAGCUCUCAUUAACUAAAUCUACCUUCAAUGAGGCAGUUAUCUGGAUGAAUGCGACCGGGCAUUUCUUUCAGAUAAUUGCAGCAAUGAUCCAUCCCGGUGGAGGUAGAAAUGACAUUCCACAGCGUCUCAAACGCCAAUUCUCCAUUUUCAAUUGCACCCUUCCAAGCGACGCAUCUAUGGAUCGAAUAUUUAGUUGUUUGGCAGAAGGCCACUUCUGCGAAGAGCGCGGCUUCCCUGCUGAAGUGAGGGAUCUCGCCAAAACUCUAGUCUCUGCUACUCGUUUCUUGUGGCGACGUGUUAAAGCGAAGAUGCUCCCCACACCUGCCAAGUUCCACUACGUCUUUGAUCUUCGUGAUAUCAGCCGAAUAUGGCAGGGAAUGCUCCGAGCAGAAGCUGAAGUCAUCUCAACAUCACAACGUCUUCUAUCUCUGUGGUGGCAUGAGGCUACCAGAGUCAUUGCUGAUCGGUUUAUUGAAUUUGAGGAGAAGAAAUGGUUUAUGGAUGCACUAAAGCAGGUGGGGGAAGAGGUGGAAGGUGCUACGGUGGCCUCAGAACUAUGCUCUAGGGAACCCUUCUUUGUGGAUUUUAUGCGCGAUCCACCAGAGGCCACUGGCGAUGAACCCGAAGAUUUUGUCUUCGAAGCACCGAAGAUAUAUGAGCCGGUGGCUGGUAUUGAAGUACUAGCUGAUAGGUUGAUCCACUUUGAGACCGCGUACAAUGAGACAACUCGUGGGGCGAAGCUGGAUCUGGUUUUCUUUGCUGACGCGGUGAUCCAUUUGGUGAAGAUCUGUCGAAUACUACGGCUACCGAAGGGACAUAUACUCCUUGUUGGUGUUGGAGGUUCAGGGAAGCAAUCACUAACAAGACUUGCAACCUUCAUUGUCGGCUAUCAACAUUUUCAAAUCACGAUAACCAGAUCCUACAACGUCUCUAAUCUGAUGGAUGAUCUAAAGAUCGUCUAUCGUCUCUCAGGCCACGAGGAUAAAGGCGUAACUUUCGUCUUCUCCGACAAUGAAGUAAAGGAAGAGGGCUUUCUGGAACCUCUCAACAAUAUGCUUGCCUCCGGUGAGGUGGCAGGCCUUUUUUCCCACGACGAGAUUGACGAAAUCCUUGGUGACCUCGCGCAGCCAAUGAAACGUGAGUACCCGCGUGUGCCACCGACCAGUGAGAAUCUGUACGACUACUACAUGCGACGAGUGGCGCGCAAUCUGCACGUCUGCCUCUGCUUCUCUCCGAUUGGACAAAAGUUUCGUACCAGGAGUUUGCGCUUCAAGAGUCUCAUAUCGGGAUGCACUAUGGACUGGUUCCAGCCGUGGCCGCGGGAAGCAUUGGUGGCGGUGUCUCAGCACUUAUUACAGAGAUUUGAUAUAGUUUGUAGAUCCGAAGAAACGAUUAUCAAGUCGGCGUUGGUCAAUAUUAUGGGGACGUUCCAUGAUCGUGUAGCCAUGGCCUGUCAGGACUAUUUUCAGCGUAUGCGUCGACAGACUUACGUGACACCCAAAUCCUACCUCUCUUUCGUCACCACUUAUAAGUCCACCUACUCUACCAAACGUUGUGAAUUCGACGCUCUCGCCGGUCGAAUGUCCUCUGGACUGGAGAAGCUCUCUGAAGCGACAGAUGCGGUAAAUAAGCUCUCCGAAGGUCUCGUUGUCAUGGAGCGCGAAUUGGCAGCAGCCAAUCAGAAGGCUGAAGCGGUGCUUAUCAGGGUCAAAGAACAGGCGGGUGCUGCUCAGACCGUCAAGGAGCAGGUGCAAGUGGUGAAAGAUCGAGCGGAGACGCUGGUGGAAGCAAUUAGAAAAGACAAAGGCAUUGCAGAGGAGCGAUUAGAGGCGGCCAGACCCGCCUUAGAGGAAGCAGAAGAAGCACUGAAAACUAUUAAACCGGCACAUAUUGCCACCGUUCGAAAGUUGGGUAGACCGCCGCACCUCAUCAUGCGUAUUAUGGACUGUGUACUGAUACUCUUCCGCAAGCCUCUUGACGCAGUCACUCCCGACCCAGAGAAGCCAUGCCCCAAGCCGUCAUGGACGGAGGCUCUCAAGCUCAUGGGAAACACUGCUUUCCUUUCUAAUCUACUCAAUUUUCCCAAAGACACCAUAACUGAUGAAACGAUCGAUCUCAUGGAACCCUAUUUCCAGAUGGAGGAUUUUAAUCUUGACCAAGCCAAACGCGUUUGUGGAGACGUUGCUGGCCUGUGUUCGUGGACCAAAGCAAUGGCUGCGUUCUUUGCAGUUAAUAAAGAAGUUCUCCCCCUAAAGAAUAAUCUUGUGAUCCAAGAGACCCGAUUGGCCCAAGCUAACGCAGAACUAAGUGAUGCCCAAGCACAACUGGACGAAAAGCAGGCUGAAUUGGAUCGAGUCCAAGCCGAGUAUGACAAAGCGAUGGCGGAGAAGCAACGGUUUGCGGAUGACGCCGAAGCCUGUCGACGCAAAAUGGCAAACGCUACCGCGCUGAUCGAGGGACUUUCUGGUGAAAAGGUUCGAUGGACUGAGGCAAAAGCCCAAUUUCAAACACAGAUAGAAAAUUUGGUUGGUGAUGUUUUGCUGGCCACGGCCUUUCUCACUUAUGCCGGACCAUUUAAUCAGGAAUUUCGCAACCUACUUAAUCAACAGUGGCAUAAUGAGUUGUCACGAACGAAUAUUCCCAGAUCACCGGAUUUUAGUAUCGUCAAUAUGCUUGUGGAUAACACGAUGCUAGGUCUGUGGAAUCUUCAGGGUCUACCUGGAGACGAUCUCUCCAUCCAGAACGGAUUGAUUGUGACAAUGGCCAGUCGGUUUCCGUUGCUCAUCGAUCCUCAGGGUCAGGGUAAAGCCUGGAUCACCAAUAGGGAGGCCGAUUCCAACCUUAUGGUGAGUUCUCUAAACCACAAGUACUUUCGGAGCCACCUGGAGGAUGCCCUAUCACAGGGUCGUCCUCUGCUGAUAGCUGAUGUUGGUGAGGAGCUUGAUCCAGCCCUGGAUCGCGUUUUGGAGCGCGAUUUCGUGCGCGUGGGCACUGGCUACAAGGUGCGAGUUGGUGACAAGGAAGUGGACGUGGAUGUUGAUGGCUUUCGUUUAUACAUCACUACGCAACUUCCAAAUCCACUCUACAGCCCUGAGGUCUUUGCACGAACCUCAACUGUUGAUUUCACUGUAACUCAGAGGGGCUUGGAGGACCAACUGUUAAGAGUGGUUAUUUUGACCGAAAAGAAGGAACUUGAAGCCGAGAGGACAACCUUGCUUGAAGAGGUCACUUCCAACAAGCAAAAGGUUAAGGAUCUCGAAGAUAGUCUCCUUCUUCGGCUCACUUCCACGGAGGGCAGUCUGGUGGAGGACGAGUCCUUAAUUAAGGUUCUUCGAGUUACCAAGGCUACAGCAGAAGAAGUUAGAAGCAAACUCUUAACCGCUGCUGAGACAGAAUUGAAGAUUAAUAACGCUCGGGAGCAGUACAGACCGGUGGCAACGCGUGGAUCCAUUCUUUACUUCCUCAUUGUGGAGAUGUCCAUGGUAAACGUGAUGUACCAGACAUCACUGCAUCAGUUUCUCCAGCGGUUCAAUUUAUCCAUGUCCAAGUCGCCAGGAUCACCGGUUACACAAAAACGGAUCAAGAGCAUCAUCGACUACCUCAUGUUGGAUGUGUUUCGUUACAUUGCGCGAGGGUUGUAUGAGAAGGACAAGUUCACCUUUACGCUACUAUUGGCUUUGAAGGUGGCUUUGCAGGAGAAGAAAAUUUCUCUAGAAGAGUUUCAGGUAUUCAUAAAAGGUGGUGCUGCAUUGGACUUGAAUGCAGUUGAACCAAAACCGCGGCAGUGGAUUCAGGACAUGACCUGGCUUAACCUUGUUGAACUCAGUCGGCUCUCGGCUUUCGCUACUCUUCUUAAGGACGUUCCACGCAAAGAAAGGUCCUGGAAGCGCUGGUUUGAUAGUGAUGCUCCUGAAGAUACUGCCCUUCCACCUCCGUAUGAGGCAGCCUUAGAGGGUCAGACCUUCAAGCGCCUGCUUCUGGUGCGCUGCUGGUGCCUAGACCGCUGUCUGCCAAUGUCUCAACGUUUCAUCAAGGAGAUGCUCGGCGAAGACUUCGUCAAUCCAGUCAUCACAGACUUAGAGACAAUGGUAUUACAGGACUCUGAUCCUCACACUCCUCUGAUCUGCUUCCUCUCCAUGGGCUCGGAUCCCACGGAGAAUAUUGAGCGACUCGCUAAACGUCGGGGUCUAGCUUGUGGAGCGGUUUCCAUGGGUCAAGGUCAAGAAGUGCACGCUAGACGUCUAAUUUCGGGUAGUAUGGCUGAAGGCAAGUGGAUUCUUCUGCAGAACUGUCACCUCGGUCUUAACUUUAUGGACGAACUUUUCGAUUUGCUAACCACCUCGCAGAAUGUUCAUGAAAGCUUCCGCUGUUGGAUAACAACAGAACCCCAUCCUAAAUUUCCCAUCGCCCUACUACAAACCAGUACAAAAUUCACCUUUGACCCUCCAAUGGGUGUGCGAGCUGGGCUACUACGAACCUACGCCAUGAUUGGCCAGGAGGGUGAGGACCAAUUGGAAGCGAGUAGCGCUGCCCAAUGGAAACCACUUUUGUAUGCUGUAGCGUUUCUCCACACUAUUGUACAAGAACGUCGUAAAUUUGGUCCCAUCGGCUGGAAUAUACCGUAUGAGUUUAACCAAGCAGAUUUCACCUCUACGGUACAAUUCAUUCAAAACCAUUUGGACGAUAUGGAUGCACACAAGGGACUCUCCUGGCCAACAAUCCGCUACAUGAUCGGUGAGGUUCAGUACGGUGGUCGAGUGACUGACGACUAUGACAAGCGUUUGCUGAAUACCUACACACAAGUCUGGUUCACCGACCGUAUUUUCAUGGACGACUUCCAGUUCUACACAGGAUACAGCAUUCCAAAAGCGCAGACUGUAGAGGAGUAUCAGAUGUGCAUCUCCGCACUGCCAACUACUGAUUCGCCUGAGUGCUUCGGUCUGCAUUCCAACGCUGACAUCACGUAUCAAACUAAUAAUGCGUCGGCUGUACUCACAACGAUUGCAAACAUCCAACCCAAGGAUAGUUCUGGUGGAGGUGGUGAAACUCGGGAGGCCUUCGUCAGCAAAAUGGCUGAAGAAAUGCUCUCCAAGUUGCCGUCUGAUUACAAUCCAUUUGAGGUGAAAGAGCUGUUGCAACAGCUGGACCAUCUCAAGCCGCUGCACAUCUUCCUGCGCCAUGAAUUGGAUCGCAUUCAGCGGGUGAUUAGUUUGGUGCGCACAACUCUGAACGACCUAAAGCUGGCCAUCGACGGGACUAUCAUCAUGUCAGAGAACCUGCGCGACGCCCUCGACAACAUCUACGAUGCUCGCAUUCCUGCUAUGUGGAAGAGGGUCUCGUGGGACUCGGCGACAUUGGGGUUUUGGUUUACCGACUUGUUGGACAGGAACUCACAAUUGCACAGCUGGCUUUUUCACGGCAGACCCAAGGCCUACUGGUUGACCGGUUUUUUCAAUCCUCAGGGUUUCCUAACAGCUAUGCGACAGGAAAUAGCCAGGGCCAACAAGUUCGCCCUGGAUGUUGCAGUUCUGACGAAUGAAGUCACAAGAAUGUCCCAUGAAGAGGUCUCACGGCUACCGCCAGAAGGUAAAAUUACUCUCGGUGUCUACCAUUUUUCGCCCAAUGCGCAGAUUUUAGGUGUUUAUAUCUACGGCCUUUACCUCGAUGGAGCUGGGUGGGACAGAAAAGCUGGACGUCUAAUGGAACCACCGCCGAAACUACUCUACACACCCCUGCCUGUCGUCCACUUGUCCACUUGCUGCAUCACUGGCCAGCCUUCAGCAGCACCGACAACAACGACGGUAUACUACACGUGUCCGGUAUACAAAAAACCUGCCAGAACGGACCUUAAUUUCAUCUUUCCACUGCAACUGAGGACAAACCGGGAUCCCAAUUAUUGGAUACUUCGAGGAGUGGCUCUUCUCUGUGACAUUAAAUAG